UCUUUUGCGGAGAGCACUGCGCUGGGCUGGGCUGCUGUGCGGGCUGUGCAAGAUACCAAAUACCCUGACUUGGAGGUAAGUAAAUGCUUUAGGAUUGUUUGUCGGUAUUUUGAAUAAGAUUUCAUUGUGAGUUCAGUCUUAUGAAAACACUUAUAUUGUUAAAUACACCCAGAUAUGGAUUUGGCUGCUAUUCUGUGGGCAUGUCUGUAGUUAGAUUUAUGCUCGAGUUUGAGGAGGCUGGGUUUUAUAGAGUAACACUGCUAAAAUAGAGCUUUUACUAGUAUGACCAUAUGGGGAGAAAUUAUUCUUAAAUAGUCUGUUAAGUACCAUAACAAUAACUCUUUGCUAAUUGCCUGGCUGCAGUGAUAUGGGUUAUAUAAAUCUUAAUUGCCCGUGGUGGGGGAUGGCAAAUGUGAUGGUGAUCAGGGAUGUUUGAUGUUUGUUAAUGCACUUUAGCUGGGUGUUCCAACGUGGAUACCCCGGGAGGUCGCUCUCCGGGGCUCUGUCCAGGUGGCGAACGGGAGCACAGGGCACUGCCCCAUGAUGUAUAGUCCCUUUCCACGACGUUGGAGAUAAAGCUGGGCUCUAGUCUGCGCCUGCAUAUUCCUACAGCUUCUCAGAGUCCGCUGGACUAUGACUGAGGAGACAAACCAUGCAGGAAACAUCUAAUGUACUAAAAUUUUUACGUUUAAGAAAGAUUGUAAAUAGAAUCCUAAUCUUCCUGGGGUUUUUUUGGUUUUUGUUUCCAUUUAGGAGAGAAGAGGAACCUCACGUUUCAGUUUGCUCUUAAUGCUUGUGGAUGCUGCUUUAUUUGGCAGGUAGAAUUGACUUGGGAGAUUAAAAGAUCAGCAACAUUAGACUCCUAAGACUAUAUCAGAGUGGAAUGGGUUAGAACUGCAUUAGCCACAGAACCACACCUUUCCCUCUAGAUUAGUAGAACGUUCUAUUCCUCCUGUGCCCCUUGAAAUGUUUAAGGACUUCAAGAAGACCCUUGGUAAGUAGAGUCUAUUUAUAGUACUUCCACCUGAGAGGCCCAGAGACACUUUCAGAGUACUGAUGGGGUAAAAAGUUGUGCAUGACGACAUAUGUUAGUUUUUGCCUUUCUCAGUGGUUUUUUUAAGCUGCAUUAAUAGAAAAUGUGUCCAUGAAAUUCUUAGCUGCCUUGUAUUAAGAACAUCUGCCAGUUUCUUAUGUAUAUGAAUUACAAUAAAGAUUACUGUGUACAGUUUUGUGGUUUCUUUGUGUGUGGAGAUGUAUGGCAUAAGUCAAAGUGUUGAACUGCUUUUCAAGAUUCUGAUUGGUUUCUAUUUCCUGGAUAAACAGUAUGUUGAUUCCUAGUUCAUUAAAUUGGGAACAGGUAGAUUUCCAUUAUAAAUGUUAGAUCUAUUUCUGUGUCCAAGUGGUGCUUUAGCCUGGUAAAAAGCCGGACCAACCUACAAGUGAUGUGAGAUAGAGUCACAAUGGAAGUGUUGUCAUUCCCCCCUGUGCAGGGUGCUAACAUUAAAAGGAGGUCUUAAGACCCUGAAGGAUGGGAGUUAGCGGGAAACCAUCUAGAAGCCAUGUGAAUGACUAAGAUCUUGGAGGAAGACAGCAGAGAGAGAUCAGAGAUACCAGAAUUAAAACUUGGAGAAAUGUCACAGAAUAUCAUCCAAAAAAGGAGUCAGUGAUGGAGGCGGAGGUAAAUUUGGACAGCUAUACCUGGAUUCUUUUCCUGACUCUACUGCCUGUGUCAACCUGGACGAGUACUUUGACUUCUUAUACCUCAGUUCCCUCCGCUGGGAAAUAGGAGUGACAGUGCCACCUUCAGCUUGUUAGAAGAAAAAGUCACAAGGAGUGACCAGUGCCCCAAAAAGAUUGUAAGCCCCGUGAGAACAGUAUCUGUUGCUAUACCUGGUCCAAAGCCAAACGAAGGAUAGAAAGAUGCCACCCAAGCGCAUAGCUAAGAAAAGGUCACCCCCAGAAGAUGCUCUCCCCAAAAGCAAGAAGGUGAAGAACCCUCGUAACCAGGCAGCAAGGGCCGUUGUCUCCCGCCACGUUCCAGGCGCCAGCUCCUGCCAAGUCUCACAUAGGUCCCACAGCACAGAACCAGGCUUGGUGCUGACACUGGGCCAGGGCGACGUGGGCCAGCUGGGGCUGGGCGAGAAUGUGAUGGAGAGGAAGAAGCCAGCCCUGGUCCCCAUUCCGGAGGACGUUGUGCAGGCCGAGGCUGGGGGCAUGCACACUGUGUGUCUAAGCAAAAGUGGCCAGGUCUACUCCUUCGGCUGCAAUGAUGAUGGUGCCCUGGGAAGGGACACAUCAGUGGAGGGCUCAGAGAUGGUCCCUGGAAAAGUGGAACUGCAAGAGAAGGUGAUACAGGUGUCAGCAGGAGACAGUCACACAGCAGCCCUCACUGAGGAUGGUCGUGUCUUCCUCUGGGGUUCCUUUCGGGACAAUAAUGGUGUGAUUGGGCUCUUGGAGCCCAUGAAGAAGAGCAUGGUGCCCGUCCAGGUGCAGCUGGGUAUGCCUGUGGUGAAAGUGGCCUCAGGCAACGACCACUUGGUGAUGCUGACAGCUGAUGGCGACCUCUACACUUUGGGCUGCGGGGAGCAGGGCCAGCUGGGCCGUGUGCCUGCGUUAUUUGCCAAUCGUGGUGGCCGGCAGGGCCUUGAACGACUCCUGGUUCCCAAAUGUGUGAUUCUGAAAUCCAGGGGAAGUGGGGGUCACGUGAGAUUCCAGGAUGCCUUCUGUGGUGCCUACUUGACCUUUGCCAUCUCUCGUGAAGGCCACGUCUAUGGCUUUGGCCUCUCCAACUACCAUCAGCUUGGAACCUCAGGCACAGAACCUUGCUUUGUACCCCAGAACCUGACGUCCUUCAAGAACUCCACCAAAUCUUGGGUGGGCUUCUCUGGUGGCCAGCACCACACCGUCUGCAUGGAUUCAGAAGGAAAAGCAUACAGCCUGGGCCGGGCUGAGUAUGGUCGGCUAGGCCUCGGGGAGGGUGCUGAGGAGAAGAGCAUACCAACCCUCAUCUCCAGGCUACCUGCCGUCUCCUCAGUGGCUUGCGGGGCCUCUGUGGGGUAUGCAGUGACCAAGGAUGGUCGUGUUUUUGCCUGGGGAAUGGGCACCAACUAUCAGCUGGGCACCGGGCAGGAAGAGGAUGCCUGGAGCCCAGUAGAGAUGACUGGCAAGCAACUGGAGAACCGCGUGGUCUUAUCUGUGUCCAGUGGGGGCCAGCAUACAGUCUUGUUAGUCAAGGACAAGGAACUGAGCUGAUGAAGCCUCUGAGGGCCUGGCCCGCCCAUCCUCCCUCCCGAAACAGGAAAGCCAUGAGGACUACAGAUUCCAGCAGGCUUCCCCAAACCCUGAGUACUCUGUCAUCUCCUGCCUUUUUCCCAUCAGCAGAACAGAAUCCUUUUCCUCUUUUUCUUCCUCCUUUCUGGAGUCAUCCUGGGACCUGCAGGAUGAAGGUGGGGCGGGGGCCAGGGGCAUUGACACAAUAUAAGGAUAGGGGGCUUUGCCUGAAGGAACAUUGCUCAGCUCAGAGCUAUGUGAUUACCCCUUUCUCCCUUAUCCAUCACCCAUGGUCCUGGCUGACCCUGGUUUUACCUACCAAAAACCAAAACUUCCUCCCCUGGGGGUUAGGUGCCCACACUGCGAAGUUGGAGCUCCAUCAAGCUCAGUACUGUAGUCAUGUGCCACUCUUCCUGUCCUUCAGAGUCCACAGGCAAAGGGUAGUCAUCAGUCAGACCCAGCUGUCAUGGACCGAUGCCUGGAGGAACUGGAGAAGGGGCAAGGCUACUCAGCUGUGGCCACCCCAAGCCAAAUAGUUGACCCUCAACAGGUGUGCAUGGGGCAAAAACAAAACAAAGUCCACUUAAUCAAGAAAGAAGCCAAUCUGCCUUUUUCCCAGAAGCACAAAGCAUUCUGCCUUUCAGGCAUUGCCUGUUCUUCCACCCUUGCAACCUGCUCAACUUCAAGGACCCCGGAUCUGGAAAAGAAGCUUUGCCUGCAGGGCAGGACGUGGGGGGGGGG